GUGAGAGAGAUAGAGAGAGAGAGAGAGAGACAAAGAUAGAGAGAGAGUGAGAGAGAGAGAGCGAGAGAGAGAGAGAGAGCAGCCCGCCGGCCCAUUGAGGAAAGAUGGCUACAGUCACUGCAAACGGAGUGCAGCAGGAGAAUGGAUUCAGCACCACGAACAGCGCCGGCAGGAUGAACGGGCUCACCAUCGGCCAGAACACUAUUCCAAUGAAGGACCACGACGCCAUCAAGCUUUUCAUCGGCCAGAUCCCCCGAAACCUGGAGGAAAAAGACCUGAAACCGCUGUUUGAGGAAUUCGGAAAGAUAUACGAACUCACUGUACUGAAAGACAGGUUCACGGGAAUGCAUAAAGGAUGUGCCUUUCUAACAUACUGUGCCAGAGAGUCAGCACUGAAGGCCCAGAGCGCCCUCCAUGAACAGAAGACUCUGCCAGGGAUGAACCGGCCCAUCCAGGUGAAGCCAGCCGACAGCGAAGGACGAGGAGAAGACAGGAAGCUGUUCGUGGGAAUGCUCGGCAAGCAGCAGAGCGAGGACGAUGUCCGGCGGCUGUUCGAGACCUUCGGCCAGAUCGAGGAGUGCACUGUCCUGCGAGGGCCUGAUGGGGCCAGUAAGGGCUGUGCCUUUGUCAAGUUCUCAAGCCACGCAGAAGCGCAGGCCGCCAUCAACAGCUUGCAUGGUGGACAGACUAUGCCUGGUGCCUCGUCCAGUCUGGUGGUCAAGUUUGCAGACACCGAUAAGGAAAGGACCCUGCGUAGGAUGCACCAGAUGGCGGGCCAGCUCGGCAUCUUCAGUCCCAUGACCAUCCAGUUUGGGGCCUAUGGCGCCUACUCUCAUGCUGUAAGUCUCAGCCCGGCGGGGGAGGAGACGCAGAUGAUGCAACAGCAAGCAGCCCUGAUGGCAGCUACACAAGGGUCCUACCUGAACCCCAUGGCAGCCAUUGCUGCUGCGCAAAUGCAGCAAAUGGCAGCUUUCAAUGUCAACGGCCUGGUGGCUACUCCCAUGACACCGUCCUCAGGCACCAGCACACCCCCAGGCAUCUCUGCCACAGCCGUGUCCAGCAUAGCCACCCCGAUCGGGGUCAACGGAUUCAGUGCCCUCCCGCCUCAGAGCAACGGGCAGCCCACCUCUGAGACCAUCUACACCAAUGGUAUUCAUCCUUACCCAGCACAGAGUCCAACUGUGACCGACCCUCUCCAACAGGCUUAUGCCGGUGUCCAGCACUACGCAGCAGCCUACCCUGCCGCCUAUGCGCCAAUCAGCCAAGCGUUCCCUCAGCAACCAACCAUCAUUCCCCAGCAACAGAGGGAAGGGCCAGAAGGUUGCAACCUGUUCAUUUAUCACCUGCCCCAGGAGUUCGGAGAUGCGGAGCUCAUGCAAAUGUUCCUGCCUUUCGGCAACGUCAUCUCCGCCAAAGUGUUCGUGGACCGAGCGACCAAUCAGAGCAAAUGUUUUGGCUUUGUGAGUUUUGAUAAUCCAUCCAGUGCUCAAGCCGCAAUCCAGGCCAUGAACGGGUUUCAGAUAGGCAUGAAGAGGCUGAAGGUGCAGCUAAAGCGGCCAAAGGAUGCCAACCGACCUUAUUGACUCGCCUGCUGUCCAUACCCAGGAUGAAGGGCCACAACACCUUAUUUCCACAAGUGCAGUAAAAAGUACAAAGACUUCUUGCUCUGCUACAUAUCAUGAAGGAAGGGUGGUCCCUUGAUCCUGCUGGAAAACCCACUGAAAGAUUGGGUGACUGAGAAAAGGAUCCCAGAGUUGUAUUUUUUUCUCUUUUUUUAUUUUACUUUUUUCUUUCUUCGCAAAUGCCUCCUUUUUCCCUGUUUUGCUUUGGCGUCUGUGGAAGAAGAUUUUUUGCAGAGACCAACUUUUUGCUGCUGUUUUUUAGACAUGAUGGGGAAAAAAUACCUUUAUAGACUCAUUAUGCUCAAAGCAUGCAUACUGACAGAGGAUAUAGAUAAACACACACGAGUACAGAUAACAAACCAAACAUACACAUCUAAAGAUGCUAUACACCUGAAAAAAAUGAAAAAUGACAAAAAAAUAUCUACUUUGUACAUGUAUAAAUACGUGCAAAUGCCAACUCAAGUACUGAAGCAAACACACACACAAACGUACACACAAACACACACACCAGCCUGCUGCCAUUUUGGUUUUUGUGCCUACACAGGUGUUGUGCUCUGUGACAGGGCAAGCUCUGGAUUGAAGAAGAAAAGAAGAAGAUGAUGAUGAAGAAGAAGAAGAUGAUGAUGAUGAUGAAGAAGAAGAAGAGGAGAAUCCAGGAUAAUUUACAUGCAUCAUUCCUUAGGAAAUAGGGACCAAAGGACUAAAUGCUUUUUAAAAGAAUAUAAAUAUAUAAAUAUAUAAAUAUAUAUUUAAAAACUCAUACCUUGUAGCUGCAAGUAUUACAACUUACUCGUAGUAAAAAAAAUCAUUAAAUCAAUAUCCAGUGGCCUACUGUAAGUACGAAUAAAAAGAAAAUGGAAAUAAUGUAUAAAAAAAAAGACAUGGAAUCGUAGUAUAGGGGCUGAUCUUUUGCUCUGGAUGCUGAUUUAGCACCAGGUUGUAGAAUAGUAAAGUAGUCUAGAAAAAAAUGUAGAUUUGCUAACUUUUGCUGUUGUUUGAAAAAAUACUUGAAGUUGUAAUGAAAAGGAAGGUAAACGGAGGGGGAAAAAAGGAAACAUUCAUCUGCCCCCCCGCCCCACGUAGGCAACGAGUCUCUAUCUCUUGGAUGUUAAGGUUUCAGCCACUGGAUAUUUCGCUCAUCAUGAUGUACAAGUCACUGCACUCUCUGACAGCUAUGAACAGACUGUUCCGGAAGAAGAAAAAAAGAAUGACAAGAGACAAAGAAAAAAAAGAGUGAACUUAUGUCUGUGCUGGACAGGGUGCAGACGUUUCAGGCUUCUCACUGGCCUUUGUGUUCAAGCGACAAUCCACUGCAAAGACCAAGCAAAAUGGACAUGGGGUGACUUUUGUUGUUUUUUUUGUUUUUUUCUUGACCUUUUGUAUUGCAACAUGAAGUGUGAAUUAUGAAGCCACAGAUUGUUAAAAAGGAGAUGGUUCUAUUAAGAGAGAUGGACAAAUGGAUAGUCAUGAGGGGAGCGAAAAGAAGGAUGAGGAAUGAGGCGACAGCUACUGAAACUGCCAGCAGAAUGAACUCCAGUAUACAAUUGGCCCUUAUGGCAUUGGAAUAAAUAGCAUACCCCAACUGUAAACAACCAGGAUUAUAUAAGUGACAUGUCAAGGAUAUGUGUCCACUGGAGCUGCUACAGAACCCCAGACUGAGAAAAACUCAACCUUGUGUCUUUGGCAGAUCCAAACAAACAUUUCUCUGAAGACAAACUCAAUUUACUGUAUUGAUGGCAAAGGAGUGCAGGCUUUUACAGUUCAUUUAGCUCUGUCAAAUAUAAUGUAAAUUCCACUUUGUUCCCUCACCUGCUUUCCUCAUACACAACCUACAAAAGAAAAAAAAAAAGUAUACGGACUACAUCUAAAUUAGAUCUAACCGUCGUUCUUCACCAUCACUCAGCUCGCCUCUAGCCUCUCUGACACUGACGCCAGGCAGGAGAGAAAUAAAGCACUCCAGCAGUGUCAUGUCUUGAUUUAGAGUCCCGUAGCCUUUAUUUACACUGUUUCAAAGCUCUGGAUGCAGGAACUUUCUCUUAAAGCAGAUCAAUAUGUUUGAAAUGAGGCUAGAGGGAGGAGCGAUGCUGUUUAACACGUCCCAAUUUUCUCCAUCGAACACCUGCUCACAUCCCGACACCAGUCCUUUGAGCACUGACCACUGGGCGUUGAGAGGCCAGGAGGGAAGUGAACAAAGGAAGUCAACAACCACAUUGAGAUCCUUUAAACCGGUGCUUGGAGGGGGAUUCCCAGUGAUUUAAUCGAUAAAGUUAGAGGCUGUAGUUUGGUACCUUAUGUUUCAUUCCUAGAAACAUAUCUUGCAUUCCCUCUUGCUCUGUUCAAACCUGAUCCAAAUCACUAAAUGGGGAAUGGAUCAAAUUUGACUCUUUCACCCAUUAAGACCAGAUACAUGUAUUUACCUUUAAGACCAGAUGGAACGUUUGUGUGCCAUUUCCUUCAGAGCCGGACAAUUAAUAUAUGAUGUGUCUCCUGACCCACUGACAAAGUUAGACAAGGAAGACCCGGCAUUUUUUUUUUAUGUUCACAAAGAUUAUUGGAAAUGGCAUAAUUUAAAUCCUCUAAAAUGAAAGCCAAAAGUUUAAACUAGCCAAAAGUUUAAACUAGCAAAAAAAUGUUUUUCAUUUCAUGUCUCUUAUUUGCUUCAGAGGCUGAGAUAAUUAACAUUUUUGUAAAAAAUUGGCAAUUCUGUCAGCUCUUCAGGAAACCAUCAGGUUUUAGGCUGCUUUUCUACUUGGCACCUUAGGUCUUAAUGGGUUAAAUGAGCAGAAGGUCUUGAUUUGGACCCACUCCAUGUGCCCCCCUCCUAAGAUCAGCCAUGCCUUUUCAGAUCUCAGCCCAACGUUCAGCAGGCUCACACCUUGAAACAGCAUUUUCCGAACCUGGCUAAUGUCGUCGCUCACUACCCUUCAAUUAGCUUGUGCACCGUAUUAGACAUGCUAUUUCACCUUUCCUUCUAAUCACACUAUAAUCACCAACCUCUAUACAUUAGCAGCAACCAAGUGAAAAAUCACCGGGAUAAUCACUUGGACCAAAUGACGGGAGAAAUGGUCCCCUGCAUGCACAUGGAUGACAGAAGGAAGAUUAGAGAGAAUUAUGUUUGUGCCUACUCGCUGGCAAGGCUGCUGACAGCUGACCUGGCACCAAUUACGCUGCAAAAUUUACCCGAAAAGGAGGAUGUGGGAUAAAACUUUACAUAUCAUAGCAAGGUGCUGAUAUUAUCAGUAGAUUUACUUUACUAGAAAUUAGAAGAGAAAGGUGGAUGGCAAAAUGUACAACAAUUUAAUUUUUUUCUUUGGCCCCAACAUAAAUUAGGUCAAAACCAACUUUCACUUUAACUGGAAAUCCUCAAUUCUGUGGAAGCAGCUGCUGUGAGGCCUAUGUUAUUGUGCUUCCUCUUUCGGCUCAUAAUUGUGUCUCAACAGUCGCCACUGAGGCUGCCAUGUUUUACAAAAUAGCUUGCUCUCCUCUUGCUCACCAGCGAAGCAUCAUUUUGAAGCACAGUGGUUCUUCAGAUUGAAAAUGAUGCCCAUCAAAAUGCUAGCUUUAAAAAAAGAAUAUGCCCUCAAGUACAUGUUAGGUAAAUCCCAGCCCUCCUUCCUCAGCCCUCAAUACGACUUACGUUGCAGGAAGCUUCAUGAAUUAAUGUGAAGUAGGUCAAAACAAAACCAUGUUCUGCAGGAUGUUUGUGCUCAUUAUUCAUGUGAAGCCCAACGAUUCAAUGGCAAAUCUAAUGUUCCACAAGUUUCCCCACGCUUGCCAUAGCCGGCUUUAGAGUGCGUUCUGCGAGUGAGGCUCCGUCAGGCCAAACAUGAACCCUGCAUGCCUGCUCCACUCUUAUUCGUCUUAUACCACAUGCUGUAUUAGUUCCCACUGCUAAUGGCAUGUUGAGUUCCCAGUGAGCCAAAAUCCAGCCAAGCCCGUCCUUCUGUCCGCUUGGAUAACAGCGCAGUGUUCGUGUAGCAUCUUUGCUAUGCCAGGGCUAAAUCAGGCGAUGUGAAAUCAGCAUCUCAACCCUUUUAACAAGGGUGCUCUUAUUACUUUUACACCCCAGGGACGAUGUUAUUGAGGUGACACAUUUUUAAAAAAAGAUAGCAGUGAAAUAGGCUGCAGAAGUACCAAAACAAGGGGAAAAAGUAUUUUUAAGAUCUUCUUGUUCCCUCCUUUAUCAAGUCUCUGCCUAUCCUGCUCCAGUCUGGUCUGGUUUCUAGUCCAGGCUGUGUCACCUCUAAGAGCAAUGACAACUGUCAGCCCAGCAGGAACUCACGAGCUGUUGCCAAACUGCUAUUUGGCAUUUGCCCUCAAAUUUACAAAGAGAAAAUGUAACUUGGCAUUUUACCCCAAGGAAAUUAAUAUGAAUCUAAUUAACUGUGAGAAUAUGCCUGAACGCAGUGGAAGAUAUACAGAAGCACAGCGAGUUCUUAUUCAAUAAUCAUUCCAACCAUUUGCUCCUCUGCAACUGAUCCAUCUCCCACUCUGACCUUGUAUCAUUGAAUUAAAAAUCGGGUGGUCUAUACACAGUAUAAGGAUAUGGGUAUACUAUGGGUAUAUACGUUGCUUAAAAGAUUAGUCCUCGAGAGGAAAAGGCCCAGCCAAUGGCAGGGCCAAGGGGAGAACCACUAGAGCAUGUCUACGAAUCUCUAACCCCCUGGGUGCAUAACACUCACCCUAAAAUAGCAGUGAUUGUCAAGGAAAGGAAGUGAAAUGUAAUUGACUGAAAGUGGAGAGAUAAUUAAAGGAACCUGUUGGACAGGAGCGAAGAAAUUAAUGCCUCUCAUUUAAUAGCUGCUUUGGGAGAGAGCUUUUCCUUCAUCACACUUAAGCGCAAAAAAAAAGGUUUCGCUGUAGAAAGGGGAUUUUGUAUGGAAAAAGGUGGAGGUGGAAAUAGGCAGUGGGUGGUUGGGGUGCUGUGUGCUAAACUGAAACUCCACAUAAUCAUUCCCAAUACUCAGGGCAUCAGGCUCCAUGAUGUCACGAUUAGUGGAGAGGUUCAGAGCCUUGCGUUACCCCGGAUUCUAAGGGACAUCGAUGUGAAUCACUAACAUGGUCAGCAGGAGCGGUGAGAUGGCAUCCAGUCGCGGGGAGUGCUGAGCCAACAGAAGGGCUGAUGAAACACCUGCUUUAGAUUUACAGUGUCGUCAUCCAAUUCCAAGACUAACAAACAAACACAUUAACAAUGAAAGAAACAAAAAAUGCCAUCGUCCAUCUAAAAAAUGCAGUUAAUCCCUGGAGGCGUGAAAUUUAACAAUGUGGCUGAGAGUGAUGAAGACAAAUACUUUUUUUAUUCCUUAAUGUAAAUAGCCUAUAAAAUACAAAAACAGAGGGCGGUUGUAUAGCAGCUUGUGUUGAGAAGCCCAACUCUGUGGGACAAUGAUGUCACUAUAUAAUGUAUCCACAGCAGUGCAGGGAGAGUUUUAGUCCUUUUAAGCCCCUUAAGUUUGGGCUGUGAACAUGCAUCCUACAACCUUAAGCGUCAGACCAUGGCUUAGACAGCAUUUGACUUAGUGUCAAACCUAAGCCACGGCCCCCAAAGUGAUCCGUUAAUUAAGAUUCUGUGUACGCCGACAUGUCUUGAUUUUUCUGACAGAAGAAGGAUCGCCUGUGCUGUAAUUGGAUUAGUCCAAUUGGGGCUGAUGAACAGAUAUGACAGUGACAGUAGAGUUCAUCCAUCUGCAUGCUUACUGCUCAACAGUGCAGCAAAAGAAAAAAAACAUAAGAAAAAAAAAAAACACCACACUUUUUCCACAUUCUUUGGGAGUGAAUAUUUUGGCUUUAAGGCUUUAAAGAAGAUCAUUUUACAAAAUUAAACUCCAGGUAACACUUUGUUCAACAUGUACAUAAACCAUUUUUUGGGGUAAAAAAAAAAAAAAUGUUUCAUUCACAUGGUUGGAAUUACAUAUACAUGGUUCGGCCGAGAUUGAAAGAAAGGGACAAACAAUGACAGCGGUUACUGGAGAACCCAGCAGAACAACCCCCUGCCUGCUUGACCCAAUCUGCCACUGCUCUUCUGACCAUACAGUUACUUCUGUACAUACAAUAUAGCUUAUUUUUCAAUUCUGUUCAACCUUCUUUAUAGGCCGUAAAAUAGAUCAUGUUCAAACAUUUAAAAAAAAAGUUAAAAUAAUAGUUAAUAUAUUUCAGUGAAACUAAGAAAAUGAACCUAUGAAAUAAUUUAUCAAAAAGAAGAUAAAGUGAUUUUAUUUCUUGUACAGUGAAGCACUGAUGUUCAAAAAUGGGAUUUUAUACUCAUGUUGGUAAAUCGUUCUUCAGUUUCUAUCUUUUAUUUUGUUAUUAUCGGCUGAAGCUGGGAAAGGCCCAUUGUCAUGAGGUUUAUUCGGAUAUGCUUUGAUCUUUUUGUUUUUUUGGGGGGUUGCACAAUCCAUGUAUGAAAUCCCAGGAGGAGUAAGUUCAAAGGGAUUUUGCCACAGAAAGCUCUUAAAAUCAAUACAAGAAUUAACAAUCUGCACUGUAAAAGAAUGAUUGAUGGUACUGGUCAUGUGGAUUCAGAAAAAAUGAGUCCAUUGCACAACUGUGUUCAAAUGAAUCAGCAUUGCAUGUUCAAAAAGAAUCUCAUCUGAGGCCUUUUAUUGUUUUGAGAAAAAUACAAAAAAUGAUGAAAAAAAACAAACUUGAAAAUAACUUUUUCAGCCAGGUUGGAAGACUUAUGCUGUCAUAUCCCAUUGUCUGUAAGCCAUGAAUGGAUUCCUGUAAUGAACCUCUCUUAAUGUAACUGCUUUUCUUUCAUUUGUUUACUUGUUUAUUUCUUUUGAAGGGCUGGUGGUAAUCAUUGACAUAUCUCUGUUUUGGUUCUAUGGUUUCUUUCUCAGUUUGUUAUGAUCUAAUGUGACUUCAUCCACUGAAGACAUUGUACCGACAGUGACAGCGCCAUUUUGUUUUGCUCCAGUCAGGUUGAUUUUGUUAAUCUGAGGAGGGAAUUCUGCCUUAAACCCAGCCUGUUCUCUUUGACAGUACUACCUGUGAACAGUGGUCGGACACACUGUAUUCUGGGGAUGCCAAAUGCUCUAUCUUCAAAAGUCAAAAAUCUGUUGCAAAGACAAAAAACACCUCACCAGAGUCAGUUUUGCCUCAAACCCAUUUUGACAUGAAUGAGGAUGUGGUUAUGCACCUCCAUUUUUCAUUGGUUAUAAGGACCAAAAUGUAAACAAACUCAACUGAGUAGUUUGCUCCAAUCAAGCAUUCAAUGAGAGCCUUUAAAGAAUUCACAUUUAGCCAUAAGUAAUUUUGCAUCCAUGAUCUUUGUAUCAUGAAUCAUUACAUUCCCAGCUUCACUUUAUCAUCCUCUUCAUUUGUUCUCAUGCACAAUCCAUUUAUCAUAUGAUAUUUAGGUAUUCAUAUUCACAAGGAACGGAAUAAUCAUAUCUUUGAAUUAAACAAACUGGGUUUCUGUUUUCUUUUUAUCUGAAACAGAGAUGUAAUUUGAAUUAACGUUGGCUCGGGUCCGUUUCCCUGAUUCGGAGUGAUAUCUCCUUUAGUGCUCCUGAACUCUGUAGUUCUCUAGUUCAUUAUAUUCUGCUUAGACUAAAAUAAAGCACAGUCCUGUAGAAGA